GCUCUGCCGUAAUGGGCAGCUAUGCAGUGGCUGUGGAGCUGCCUCUCCCAGGACAUGGUUUAUGCAGGCGUGCAUGUUCCUUUGAAGCACUAACAAUGUUCUUGGCGCUACUGGCAUAGCACUGCUAAGCCAGCAGCUGGAACACACUGUGCAGGGGAGCAAGAGGACCUUCCCAGGCUCUCCUCUGCUCCUGUGUGCUUGUUGGCUGCCUGUUAAAUGCCAUCCUCAGGUUGACACUCCGUACCCAGGUGGCAGUGGUAUCCGGAGGGAAGUCUUCCCCAAGCAGACUCCUCUCUUUUUGCUAGCCUCAGCUGGCCUCUGCGUAUCCCUCCUGCGGAGGGUGUCUUCCCCCAGAAAGGCUGUAGUGCUUCACCUUUGGUUCCCGUGCCCCAACAAGUUCCACUUUGGCUAAUCAUCAGCAAUAAUUCUCCCCUUGGGCUGACUUCCUGUCCUGUAAAGCUGCCCUGCGUGACCGGGGGCUGAGAUGUGUGUACCGGAAUAGAGGAAGUGAUUCCUCCCCAGGAAUCUGGGUACCUGGCUGGCUCAGUGCUCUCGGAUGCCUCUGAAAUGAGAGAGGCGAUAAGAUCUUUGUCAUGAGGAAGGGUUUUCUGUCACUCCAUUGGCUCCUUUCCUGUACUCGGGACCUGAUUGCAGCAUCCUGUGCUCUAGGCGUGGUUCUGGAUGAGUCUGCUCAAUCUAAGCUGUGAGUGGUAUGAAAAUACAAGACGGGUGGCAGCAGGGGGUGAUUCCCAAGUCUGUGACAGUGCCAGGCGGUAGCCGGAGUGCCAGUCCGUGUCUGCUGUGUCUCAGGAGCUGCUCUGAGUGAUGUGACCUCGGCCCAAGCACUGCCUUCCAGGUUUCAGAGCCCACUGUCCCUGGCCUCCCGCCACCCUCUCUGAGUUGACGUCUCUCCGAGCUGCCUGACUUGCCUGACUUCGGUUUCCCUUUCCUCUACUAGUGCUGGUGGCAUGUGAGUACCUCGUCUGCCAAGAAGGCAACUCGCUGUUUGAAGAGCUUUCCAGGGACACAGGCUUCCUUCGUGUGAGUGUGAGUGGAUGCCAGGGGCCUCCGGAAUUAAACUUGUUCCAGGCGUCAUGCAAGGAUCUGCGCUAGUGCCUGUGUCCUCACGGAAAGAACAAUAAUAGCUCCACGUACGGUAGGCUCCUGCAAGUGCCACCUCCCUCGAUCUCCUCCAAUGCAGGCUCAGGGAUGCACUCCACCUUGUCCCUGUGAAGAGACUCUGCAUGCUCUCAGCAGCCAGACGGGGUUUCUGCUGCCAGCUUCUUCACAAGCUGCCCCACAGCUGGACUUGCUCAGCAGCACCUGGGGAGGAUAUCCAUUCACGCAGCUGUGUCACGGCAGUGCCCGCUGCACACCCAUGGAGGAACCUAUGUGCAUGUUACGUCUUCUUUGAGCUCCUCAGCCCACAGUGUCUGAACUUACCUGGGCUCCUGGCAGACUGUCUGCUUGUUUUCCCAACUGCUCUCCCUGAUCUUGUUGCGUUCCCUCUCUCGCAGAGCCCGAAAAGGAUGUGAACUUUGGAAUGGGGUCUGUGAGCAGGCUGUGGACUCAGUGCCUGUGUGAGACUGUUGCUGAAUAACAGGAGGACUGGUUAAUCGCUGCGGGCAGCCUUUCUGUCUGGCUGCAGGGCACCAGCCUUGCCUGGGCCCUUCACCAUGUUCCUCCUGCUCCCCUUUGACAGCCUGGUUGUUAAUCUCUUGGGCAUUUCCAUAACUGUCCUCUUCACUCUGCUUCUGGUUUUCAUCAUUGUGCCAGCAAUUUUUGGAGUCUCCUUUGGCAUCCGCAAGGUUUACAUGAAAACGUUAUUAAAGAUUUUUCAGUGGGCGACACUCAGAAUAGAGCGUGGUGCUAAGGAGAAGAACCAUCCAUUAUACAAGCCCUAUGUCAAUGGUAUCAUUGCAAAGGACCCAACGUCACUGGAAGAGGAAAUCAAGGAGAUCCGCCGAAGUGGCAGUGGCAAAGCCCUGGACACCCCUGAGUUUGAGCUCUCAGAUAUCUUCUAUUUCUGCCGCAAAGGCAUUGAGACCAUCAUGGAUGAUGAAGUGACCAAGAGGUUCUCAGCGGAAGAGCUGGAGUCCUGGAACCUGCUCAGCAGGACCAACUACAACUUCCAGUAUAUCAGCCUGCGCCUCACUGUACUCUGGGGACUGGGUGUGCUCAUCCGCUACUGCUUCCUUCUGCCCCUCAGGAUAGCCCUGGCGUUCACUGGCAUCAGCUUGUUGGUGACUGGUACGACAGUGGUGGGAUAUUUGCCAAAUGGAAGGUGUAAGGAGUUCCUGAGCAAGCAUGUCCACCUGAUGUGUUACCGGAUCUGUGUGCGUGCCCUCACAGCCAUCAUCACCUACCAUGACCGAGAAAACAGACCCCGAAAUGGAGGCAUCUGCGUGGCCAAUCACACAUCUCCCAUUGAUGUGAUCAUCCUGGCCAGCGAUGGCUACUAUGCGAUGGUGGGUCAGAUCCAUGGAGGGCUCAUGGGCGUGAUCCAGAGAGCCAUGGUGAAAGCUUGCCCCCACGUCUGGUUUGAACGCUCUGAGGUCAAAGAUCGUCACCUCGUCGCCAAAAGGUGUGACAGUNNNGUCCAGGACAAGAGCAAACUGCCUAUUCUUAUCUUUCCGGAAGGAACCUGCAUCAACAACACGUCUGUGAUGAUGUUCAAAAAGGGGAGCUUUGAAAUUGGAGCCACAGUUUAUCCCGUAGCCAUCAAGUAUGACCCACAGUUUGGAGAUGCCUUUUGGAACAGCAGCAAGUAUGGCAUGGUAACCUACCUCCUUAGGAUGAUGACCAGCUGGGCCAUUGUCUGCAGCGUCUGGUACUUGCCCCCAAUGACCAGGCAGGUAAGUAAGGUGAACCCGGCCCAACUGAUCUGCUACCUGCCCUUUUAUGACCCACAGUUUGGAGAUGCCUUUUGGAACAGCAGCAAGUAUGGCAUGGUAACCUACCUCCUUAGGAUGAUGACCAGCUGGGCCAUUGUCUGCAGCGUCUGGUACUUGCCCCCAAUGACCAGAGUGAAGUCAGCCAUCGCCAGGCAGGGGGGCCUUGUGGAUCUGCUCUGGGAUGGAGGACUGAAGAGGGAGAAGGUGAAAGACACAUUCAAGGAGGAGCAACAGAAACUCUACAGCAAAAUGAUUGUAGGCAACCAUGAAGACCGGAGCCGCUCCUGAGCCCUCUGCCUCCUGCACUGUUACUGGGCCUGGCCAGAGCCCUCUGCCUCCAGCACGAGCCAGGGCUUGUCUGAAACAGCUCUGAAUCUUUGGACUUUGGCUACGCCAGAGCUGCUUGGACAUGCUCCUUCAUCCUCUGGCUGUUCUUUCCUGGAGGCGCUGUUACUGCCCAGAGUCCUUAGGCCCUGGGCAGCUCUUGGCAAAGAUGCCUUCUUGUUACUGUCACAGUGAAGCCCCUUGCAGGGGCAAUAUUAAAUGAAACACUUAUGGUGUCA